GACGACGACAAAUAUUUCACAAUGGGGAAACCAUCCUCCACUCAACCGGUCGCAGGUUCAUCCUCACAGUCGGUUCAUUCUCUGCAGCUUCUGGACCAUGACGAAACUGACCUGCUCGUUGAUGCUGACAACUACGAGAACCCGCCAUCUUAUGAUGCAGCAAUUUCCAACGGCGAUGGAAAUGGACUGAAUCAUUCUACAUCGACAACACAAAAUACCAUUGGUCAAUCUCUCCCCAGUGCAAGAUUAAUAGACACCGACUAUAGACUACUCGGGGGACGGAGAGCUCAAAGCGUGAGGUCGAGCAUACGAAAUGCCCACAUUGUAACUUUAGAGCCAGCGUAUACUCGAUAUGCGGAGGAGCUGGCUAGCUUGAUGGCACAGCAAAUCCGCUUACCGCCACGUCCCCAAAUUGUCAUUACUGGUAGCCAUACCGAAUCGUCGACCAACCACAAAGACAACAAGAAGCAAACCAACUCAGUUACGGACUUUGACUUUCGCCUCGACCUCGCGGAAACCCUAUUGACCGGGUGGGAAAUUGGAUCGAUAACAGCGACAAGGGAAAUUCUACCCCAAUCCACAUGGCAUAACGCGACAGUAUCAUUCGACUACGACGAGAGGAAAACAUACAGGGGAACACGGUUGAAGACUCUCACUUGGAAAGGGUCAAAGGCGAAUAAGAAUCUACCAUCUGCAGCGGGAGAUAUUCAGAGUCUGAAUCGAAAUAAUUCGUAUCGAGAUGAAGAGGAGGGUGUUCCUCCUGUCAAUAUAGACCAAGAGAGGCUGAUUCAAGGAGACAAAACGGGUCUGUUUGAGUGGUGCUCUAGAUAUUGUACUGAUACAUCACCAGUCAAAUCAUUCACCUUGACUCGCCAUGUUCACAACUUCAACGCAACUGCAAUGGUAGACUACCUGAAGUCUCAGAUCCGAGAGACAAAUUACAGAGGUCAAAUAUCUGCGCAUAUGGAAAUCGUGAAUAGUAAAGUUACUAUUUACUCCCCGCAUUGGAUCAACAAGCUGCGCAAUAACUCGUUUGUAUUUUGGACGUGCAUCAUUCUCCAGCUAUGGAUUAUCACAUGGCCAAUAAUUUGGCUACUGGAGAAGAAAUAUGCCGUGAUCUAUUCUUGCUGGUAUUCGUCACACUCUAUUGAUGAUGGUACUGGAGCUGUUGCGAGGAGAAUGUAUGCUCGUGGUCGUGAUGAGCACACUUUGGCUGAAUUCUGGGCGCCGGCUGUCAAACAAGCAGCAUGGGCAAGACGGAAAGACGACGAAAUCAUCCUACUAGAAGACGCAGAACGUUUGCAGGGCCUAACAACGGAGCAAAUACUACGUGCUCGUACAAACGACUCCGAAGCCGAAAUUGAACGAAGGCGACGGGUUGACCGUGGGGAUGGUACAUUUAUGGAUUCCGUGGUUGGAUUGGCUAGAGGAGUCAGUGAGGUUAGACAGGAUUGGAAUCUAACGAUGGGUUGGGGCGGUAAUACCUGAUCCAUUUUCGGUCCCUCAUUAUCUCAUUUGAAUGUUGUCUGUUACAGCACAGUGCUGUAGCUUUACGAUAACACUCUCACUACACUAGCACUAUAAAUUAUCAUUUCACCGAAAUUUCAUUUAACUAUAACUACUCGAUUUUCGACGAUCUCCUGUGCUUGGUCCUCUGCUAAACGGAGACUUCAGAUCAUUGUAUUACUCAAUACUUGUACUUCUCUUCCAAUUCCUGUGUGGUUAAUUGACGUAUCAGCCCAGUCCCAGAGACUCAUCGAAUGG